AUGAGUGAGCUCCGCCAGCCUGAGGCCGACCUUGAGGCCCCAGUCCCGGCCCAGGGUCCGGUGGAGGCGCCGCUGCUGGGGGCUGCGGGGGAGGAGGCCGCAUCCCCCUCGUCCUCCGCCUCCCCUGGUGCCCCCUCCUUCUCCGCCUAUGCCGAGCCCUUGUCCCGCGAGGCACUUGUUGCGCUGAUGGCUGACCUGGUGGGGUUCCUGCUCGUCAAGUUUCGUACCGGGGAGCCGACCUCUGAGGCGGAGAUGCUGAGUACGGUCGUCCGGGAGCAUCGGGACCACUUCCCCGUGGUCUUCCGCCUCGUUUGCGAGUGCAUGCAGCUGCUGUUUGGCUUGGCCGUGAAGGAGGUGGACCCCCGCCAGCGCACCUACGUCCUGGUCCCCACCCUGGGCCUCACCUGGGAUGCAGUGCUGAGCGACUGGCAGCGCACGCCCGAGGCCAGCCUCCCUCUGCUGGUCCUGACCAUGGUCACCCUGUUCGGUGACCGCGCCCCUGAGGAGGAGGUGUGGGGAAAGCUAGGCACCCUGGGGUUUUGUGGCGGGAGGGAGCUGCUCACCGAAGUGUGGGUGCAGACGGGUUACCUGAAGUACCGGCAGGUGCCCCACAGCGACCCUGCCCGCUACGAGUUCCUGUGGGGUCCCCGGGCCUACGCAGAGGCCAGCAAGUGUCAGGUCCUGCAGCAUCUGCUCAGGAGCAAUAGCAUGGAUCCCAGGUUCUUCCCAUCCGUGUCUGCAGGGAGUGUGAGCGAUGAGGAAGAGGGAGCCUGA